GAGAAGUUGAAUGAUGCAAAACUUUUCGAUUCAACAAAUGUUAUGUUGGUUUCAACGCAUGGUUUGUACAAAGUGGACGGUGAAGAGCAAUUUUAUAUUGAAGAAUGCCUGGCCGAUUAUUCAAAGAUUCAAAAAAUUAUUAACCGCCAUGCAAUGAUGAUGAUUUUUGUGAAUCCCGAUGAGGUAGAUGAAGUAUUUUUCGAAUUGAAAGUGUGUGACCAGUGGGCACCAAUGGGCGAUUACGAUGACAAUGAACAGCCACUGGUCACUGUUUAUAGAACAGCAGAGCUACCAGACCGAUUUCACUGGAAGAAUUUUCGGUAUAUGCCGGAAAUUGUUCUACUUACUCGACCAGGUGCUACUGUCUUAACGCGUGAAUUGCCGUCAAUACCCAUUAUUGAUAGCUACGAACGAGAUAUCCGGGAAACUGGCGGAUGGGAUAACGAAAAUAUCAACAUGCACGGGAUAUUUCUUGCCCGAGGACCCGGUAAGUUUGAGAUUUAA